AUGUCCGCCAUUAAAAAACUUUUUAACCAAAAUUGUAUUGUACCUGAUAUAAUAAAUAUUGCGCCAUCUGAGACUUUAGAUGUUCAGUAUCCUAGUGGUGUGAAAGUUGAGAUAGGAAAGGAAUUAACACCUUUACAAGUUAAAGAUCAACCUAUAGUCAAUUGGGCUGCUAAAGAAGGUGAAUAUUACACAUUAGCGAUGGUAGAUCCAGAUGCCCCGAGUCGUGAAAAUCCAAAAUUCCGUGAGUGGCACCACUGGUUAAUUGGAAACAUUUAUGGAGGAGAUCUUUACAAAGGUGAGGUCCUUUCCGAUUACAUUGGAUCGGGGCCCCCAAAAGGAACAGGAUUACAUCGCUACGUUUUCUUAGUAUACAAGCAACCCGAAAAAUGUGAUUUUUCUAAAGUACCAAAACUUCCCAACAAUUCAGGUGAAAAGAGGGGAAAAUUUUCAAUUGCUAAAUUCGCUCAACAUUAUAAAUUUGGUUCGCCAGUUGCUGGAAAUUUUUAUUUUGCUAAGUAUGAUGAUUAUGUUCCAAAACUGUAUCAACAAUUAAAGGGGUAA